CAUGGAAAGCAAAACACUGAGAGAAAAUGUGCAAGCUCCUAGACGACGUCCACGAGCGGUCGUCUAUGCUUGCUGAAAACUGAUCAACGCUACCAAAUUGAGUCCCACGUGCGCACCACUUAUCUGCGUACUCCCGUCAGGCCACGGCCAGACGGGCACGAUAGGCAGCCGGCUGGGGCUUUCCUAAGAUUGCACGUCCGCGAAAGGAAGCUCACUUACACGCACGAGUGGCUGCAUAAAAGGCGUUUACCGUCACGUGCAUCGGGUCAUCGCAAAGGCAGUGCUCGUUCUUCCCUCCUCCCCCCCCCCCCCCCAAAAAAAAAAGGUUUUCAACGGAAAACAUCCCAAAGUUGGUUUUACGCCUUCGUCAUCGAACAGGUUUGUCACCAGGACGCCCUGGACCAGUGCUGGGUCGGUGCUAACCAUGAUGCGCAGCGUCGCCCUUCUGUGCGUCGUCGUUGCCUUUGCUAGCGCUGUGGCGCAAAGCCCUUCAGUGGGGCCAUCUAUUGCAGAAGCGGAGAAGCGAGUGCACGAAUUGGCGCAAAUACUUGCUGACGUCAAAAAUGCCGUUCAACCGCGGCACUGCGGCGACCUCCUGCGGUCUGGACAGAGCACGAGCGGGGUGUACACCAUAUUCCACAAGGCUGUCGGUCCGUCCGGGCAGAGGGUCUACUGCGACAUGGAGACGGACGGCGGAGGGUGGACGGUGAUCCAGAGAAGGGGACAGUUUGGCAACAGAGUGUUCCACUUCUAUCGAAACUGGACGCAGUACGCGAAUGGUUUCGGGAAUCCUUCUGAUGAAUACUGGAUCGGCAACCAUGCCCUCCACACGCUGACUUCCAGCGACGAAGAGAUGGCACUCCGCGUCGUGCUGAGCAACAACACGGAGGACAGCGUGUCGGUCGACUACGAGAGCGUCCGGAUUGCGUCGGAGGCCGACCUCUUCAAGAUUCAAGUGGGGAAGCACCUCGGACCUGCAGGAUGGGAUGCCUUCAACGUGAAUGGCCGGAACUUCUCCACUUUCGACCGUGAUAAUGACGUGUGGCCGCAGAACUGUGCAGUCACAUUCCGUGGUGCCUGGUGGUACAGCUCGUGCCACGCGUCCAACCUGAACGGCCUGAACCUAAACGGCCACCACGACAGCCACGCCGACGGCAUCGAGUGGAGCGCUCGCGGUGUCGGCGCCCCCGGCGUACAGUACUACUCGUACCCCAGCGCUUUCAUGAUGAUCCGACCAGCAGGUUUCCUCUUAGACCGAAGAAUCAGUGUGACAGUCGCUGCACCUUCUUCAUAAUCGAAGGCGUGGUGCGUGGCAGUGCGUACCGUGAUCGAAAGCUAUUACCGUAUCGCUUAAGUCCGGAUCGUCUGUACUGACGCCACCUGGUUGACAUCAUCUAACCAAUGCUACUAAAAAAUAAGGAAUGGUGAUUUUUGUUUACUGUACAUUAUAUUUAACGGCGCAACAGACACAGACAGUGCACAGCCAACACGACACAAAAAAGACACACAAGAGCAUUCUCUCUUUUUCGCAUAGUUAAAGAUAAUUUUAGUAAACUUCACAAACUUACCCAGCAAUCAACUGAUCCUCUUGAACAUGAUUGCUGUACCUCUUUGGCGGCUGCAAAAGUGUUGGUGCGCAGACCAUAACCGCGUGAACAAAAAAUUCCCACUGCCCAAUGAUGGCUGAAUCAGGGCUCUCACUUUGAUCAGAAUGUGAUUUGGUUGUGAAAGGUGACCACUUGCGUUACAUUUCUGCUAAGGCAGUGACAGUGUACGCCUAUGCAAAGUUAUGAACAUCACAUAUUGCUUUUGUUGCGUCUUUGACGAGUGGCGGGUGCCCAUGAGAGGGACUUUUGGGCACUUCUUGCAAGAGGGACUUCUUUUUCACCCUCAGAGGCAGAUGCGCAUUAAGCACAAGCGACUAGACUUCCUCGGCGGAGCCUCGGACUACAUUGACCGCCACUUAUCACAGUUGUGCUUCUCCACGGCAGACAAUAAGAUAUUUUUCUUGAAGCGAGAACUGCGCUGACAAGCAACGAGCUUCGCUUAUCUUACAGGACAUUUUUUUUCAAGCGUCAGGACUUUAACGUCACUUUAUGCAUCUAUAAAAACAUACAUGCGUGCAUGUAUCCAUGCAUAUAUGUAUGUACAGUUUUCACAAACUACAGGCCCAAUGGUAAUUAAUUCUGGCGCUUUACGUGCCAGAACCACGAUAUGAUAUGAGCACGCCGCAGUGGGGUCUCCGGAUUAAUUUGGACCACUUUGGUUUCUUCUGCGUGCGCCCAAUGCUUCGUAUACGGGCGUUUUUUGCAUUUCGCCUCAAUUGAAACGUGGCCGCCGCAAUUAGGAUUUGAUCCCACUACCUCAUGCUUA